GGAGCCUUCUUCCCUGCCGGGACCCGGAGGCAGGCGGGCGGGCGGGCGGGGGGCUGCGGGGGCCUGCAUGCCCCGUGGGCCGGGCCAGGAUGGAUCCCCCGGGCGCGGCGGCGUCGGGGGGUCUCUGGGCGGGGGGCGAGGCGGGUCCGGGUCCGGGGGGUCCGGGGGCGCCGGCGCGGCGGGCCUGCUCCUCCUCCUCCUCGCCGCCGCCCUGCCCGCGCCCCUCGCCCUCCUCCUCCUCCUCGGGGGGGCUGUGUGGGGUGGCGCCCCCCGCCCCGGCCCCCCGCCUGCGCCAGGCCAGCCCCCUGGCCCACCGGAGGGACAGCAACCCCUUCACCGAGAUCGCCAUGAGCUCCUGCAAGUACGGCGCCGGCGGGGGGGUCAUGAAGCCGCUCAGCCGCCUCUCCGCCUCCCGGAGGAACCUCCUCGACGAGCCCCCCCCCGCGCCUGAGCCCCCCGCCCCCGGCGCCCCCGCCCCCGCGCCCCCCGAGAUCGUCAUCUCCCGCGAGGAGAACCACUCCCCGAAGCCCCCCCCCGGCCCCGCCCCGAAGCCCCCCGCCCCCGCCGGGAAGAGGAAGGCGCCCUGCAUCGGGUACCGGCUCGGGCACCGGCGGGCGCUCUUCGAGAAGAGGAAGCGGCUCAGCGACUACGCGCUCAUCUUCGGCAUGUUCGGCAUCGUCGUCAUGGUCAUCGAGACCGAGCUCUCCUGGGGGCUCUACUCCAAGGGCUCCAUGUUUUCGCUGGCCUUGAAAUGCCUUAUUAGCCUCUCGACGGUCAUCUUGCUGGGACUCAUCAUCGCCUACCAUACCCGGGAAGUCCAGCUGUUUGUGAUUGACAACGGGGCGGACGACUGGCGCAUCGCCAUGACCUCGGAGCGGCUGCUGUACAUCGGGCUGGAGCUGCUGGUGUGCGCGGUGCACCCGGUGCCGGGGGAGUACCGCUUCUUCUGGACGGCGCGGCUGGCCUUCUCGUACGCGCCCUCGCAGGCGGAGGCGGACGUGGACAUCAUCCUCUCCAUCCCCAUGUUCCUGCGCCUCUACCUGAUCGCCCGCGUGAUGCUGCUCCACAGCAAGCUCUUCACCGACGCCUCCUCGCGCAGCAUCGGCGCCCUCAACAAGAUCAACUUCAACACCCGCUUCGUCAUGAAGACCCUCAUGACCAUCUGCCCCGGGACCGUCCUCCUCGUCUUCAGCAUCUCCCUCUGGAUCAUCGCCGCCUGGACGGUGCGUGUCUGCGAGAGGUACCACGACCAGCAGGACGUGACCAGCAACUUCCUGGGCGCCAUGUGGCUGAUCUCCAUCACCUUCCUCUCCAUCGGCUACGGAGACAUGGUGCCCAACACCUACUGCGGGAAGGGCGUCUGCCUCCUCACCGGCAUCAUGGGGGCCGGCUGCACGGCGCUGGUGGUGGCCGUCGUGGCCAGGAAACUAGAACUCACCAAAGCCGAGAAGCACGUGCACAACUUCAUGAUGGACACGCAGCUCACCAAACGGAUCAAGAACGCGGCGGCCAACGUCCUGCGGGAGACGUGGCUCAUCUACAAGCACACCAAGCUGCUCAAGAAGAUUGACCACGCCAAAGUCCGGAAGCACCAGCGGAAGUUCCUCCAAGCCAUUCACCAGUUGAGGGGCGUCAAGAUGGAGCAGAGGAAGCUCAGCGACCAAGCCAACACUCUGGUGGACCUCUCCAAGAUGCAGAGCGUGAUGUACGACCUGAUCACGGAGCUGAACGACCGGAGCGAGGACCUGGAGAAGCAGAUGGGGGGCCUGGAGGCCAAGCUGGAGCACCUGGCGGCCUCCUUCGGCUCCCUGCCGCUGGUCAUCGCGGACGCCCUGCGCCUGCAGCAGCAGCAGCUCCUGGCCGCCAUCCUGGAGGGGGUCCAGCGGGGCUCCCUGGGCGGGACCGGCGGCGCCCCCGCCCCCGGCCCCCCGCCCGGCCCCCCGCCCACGCCCCCCUCGCUCUCGGACAGCCCCCUGGGGGUCAGCUCGGCCUCCUUCCCCACGCCCUACACCAGCUCCAGCAGCUGCUGAGACAGGGACCCUCCGGACGCCGCGGCCGUGACGGGGCCACUCUCACGCGGGGACCGGACCCCCACCCGGGGUGCCUUCGAGCCCCGAGGACGCCUCCGCCGGACACGGUUUGGUGCCUCGACGAGAGAGAGAGAGAGAGAGAGAGAGAGAGAGGCGGGAGGGCCGUCCAGCCCACGGUUGGGAAUCGAUGUUCAAUCUCAGGUCUUCUAAUCGAGAAACAAAGCCAACCCGGGGGUGGCGGAGCGGCCGGGACAGGGGGGCGGGGGUGGGCGGGGGGCCGGGGGGCUGGGACCGUGCCACUGUGCCCACCCUGGAGCCGCCACGGGCAAUGGGGUGGAAUCCCCCCCUCUAUCCCUCCUUCCUUCCUUCCUUCCUUCCUUCCUUCCUUCCAUCCAUCCAUUAUUCUUACUGGGACACCCUUCCCUUCCACUCCCUUACUUUCUAAUGUUCCAGCACACCCAUUCUUUGUUUUGCUUCUUUCCUCCCUUCUUUCUUUUUUUUACGGUUCCUGGGACAUCCUUCUUUCCACCCAUUCAUCCAUCUGCCCUUACUGAUUUGGGUCACUCCCUUCUUUCCUUCCUUCCUUCCUUCCUUCCUUCCUUCCUUCCUUCCUUCCUUCCUUCCUUCCUUCCUUCCUUCCUUCCUUCCUUCCUUUCCCCUCUGCCUGUCAAGAGUCCAAGCAGAAGGGGGUCCCAAUGGGUGGGCGGGGUCCCUUUUCCCUUCCUCGGCGGUCAAGCCUGAUGUCACAAUCUCCGGUCUUUGACAUCUCCGGACACAGAGCAAGCGCUGACAAAGAACAGAUGCCAGCCAUAAAACCUCAAUUACUCUCUGGUAUGUGAGAGCCCCUACAUAAAUGGGCUACAGAGAAGAUUCUGGUAGUCUGUACAAUAAAAACCUGUUGGAAUCUACCAGCAUGUGUCUUGGGCCAGCCAUAAAACCUCAAUUACCCUCUGGUAUGUGAGAGCCCCUACAUAAAUGGGCCAAAGAGAAGAUUCUGGUAUUCUGUACAAUGAAACCUGUUGGAAUCUACCAGCGUGUGUCUUGGUGCUUUCUUCUGGUGGAAGACUGACCCACAGCACAACUGGGAGAAGUACAGAAUACCAGAAUCUUCUCUGUAGCCCAUUUAUAUAGGGGCUCUCACAUACCAGAGGGUAAUUGAGGUUUUAUGGCUGGCAUCUGUUCUUUGUCACCGCUUGCUCUGUGUCAUCAUGACACCUUUGGACCCCUUGCCCGUGCUCCUUCCCCCAAACCCUGGGCACCGAGAGCUGCCUUUCCGUGGGGCUGGGUCCCUUCUCGAGGGUCUUUCCCCUGCGGUGGGCUCCACUCCGAGGGUCUUUCCCAGAAGAGAGGACGUCUUAGGGGGUUCGGGAGGGCUGCCUUUUCCCUGGGGGGCCGGCGGCAUUUUGGGGGGAUUUGGGAGCCCUCCCCGUGCUGAGUCUUGCAGGGAGAGGAUGCCGGGCCAAUGUCUUGGUUUCUCUCCUUGGUCCUGUUCCAUGUCUCCUUUCUGUUCCUUUGGAUGCUGUGCCGAUGUCCGCACCUUUUUUUGGAGUUUGCAAAGGUUUCCCAUCCCGUCGAGUCCCUUCUCCGAGGGUUUCUUUUGGGGAAAGGUACCACAACGAGCUUGGAAGAAGAGCCGUCUCCAAAGCAACAACAGCCUUGCAUCUUUGGCAUCCCAAGGAGUCGCGGUCAAGGGAUUUGCAGUCCGGUGCUAGAAUGUCAACAUGUCGAGCGAGCGACUCAGACUCUGGCUCAGAUGUUUGGGCUUCGCUCCGUUUUCGCAUCCCCAGGGCCUUCCUUUUAAUCUCUUGCCUCCCACUCGAAGGGAUUUUUCACUUGGAGGAACGAACAAGCGCCGGAGAAAGAAAGAAAGAAAGAAAGAAAGAAAGAAAGAAAGAAAGAAAGAAAGAAAGAAAGAAAGAAAGAAAGAAAGAAAGAAAGAAAGAAAGAGCAGGCUUUAAUGAGUGGCUUGGUAAUUAAACUGGCCGGAGAUGGAUGUGCAUUUGUGCAAAAAAUAAAUUGCAGAAUGAACAUUGGUUUCCGGAAGCAGAUCGUCCCGCUGUUUUAAGCGGCCUUUUUGCAGAAGGAUUAUUGAUAGAACCCAUUGGAGACCCAAAAGGAGAUGAAGGCCGACGGGACGGGGACGGCACGGCGAGGGAUGCUGGGAGAUGUAGUCCCGGCCACCUCUGUUGUCCUCGCUUCCCGUCUCUCCCGUCCCGAUCCGGCUCUCGGCUGCCCUUUUGGGGUUCGCUUUGGAUCCGUAUUUUGGGGGAUGCCACCCCUCCGUGUGCGCCGUCUUCUCGGAGCCUCUUGGCACGGAUCCCGAACCCGGCACCGAGCGGUGACACUUCUGAAGGAGCAAAAACGAGCGCGUAAUUGCUCUCCGGUAUUAAUUACGUGCCGCCCACUGCGCGAGCAAAAGAGCCGUUGCGAAUCCAAAGCCGUGCAACCCGUCGUGUCGCCGCGGGAUGGAAAAGCGUUGGUGGCGGAAGGCUUUUCUUUCUUUCUUUCUUUCUUUCUUUCUUUCCUUCUUUCUUCCUUUCUUCCUUUCGUUUUGCAUUCAUUCCGCCUCCCAGAAACGGCACAAAGAAGGAGGCCUGCCUGCCACGGGUUCUGCUCUCGCCGCAUUGAGCGCUCCCUCGGCUCGCAGUUGCUUAGGAAACCCGCUUUCGGGAAGGAUCCUCCUCGGCGCCCACCGCUCGCUCGGUCUUUGCUUUCUUUUUGUUGCAGCUUUUCGGGCCCUGGUGGGUUUCCUCUCCGGAGUCUCAUUCCGUUUGGAUCCGCUUCAUCCGAGAUUGCAAUGCCCAGUCUCUCUCAAAGCGCCAGUCCUUGUGGUUCAUUUCAUGGAACGACAGAGUUGGAAAGGAGCCCCAAAGAGAAAGAAUCCAGUCCAGCCCUCCUUUCUGCCCGGCAGGAGGACACCGCCCAAGCCCUCCCAACAGAUGGCCAUCCAGACUCUGCUGGACUCUGGAAUCCUAGAGUCGGAAGGGGCACCAAGGGCCACCCAGUCUGCUGGAAGACGUCAUUCAUGACUCAAUCAAUCAAUCACAGAAUCCUGGAAGAGACCCCAAAGGACAUCUAAUCCAACCACAUUCUCCCAAUGCAGAUCCCUCCCAACAGAUGACCAUCCAGACUCUGCUACAUAACCUCCCCAGAAGGAGACUCCAUCAAACGCCCAGUUUAUGGGUUUGAAAGUCGUCUAGUCCAACUCACCUUGUGCCAGGCAGGAAACACAACUCAAGCCUUCCCAACAGAUGGCCAUCCAGCUUCUGCUUAAGAAGGAGACUCUGCUGGAUGCCGAAUCCUAGAGUCGGAAGGGGCACCAAGGGCCACCCAGUCUGCUGGAAGACGUCAUUCAUGACUGAAUGAAUCAAUCAAUCACAGAAUCACAGACCCCAAAGGACAUCUCGUCCAACCACAUUCUCCCAAUGCAGAUCCCUCCCAGCAGAUGACCAUCCCGACUCUGCUGGACUCUGGAAUCCUAGAGUCGGAAGGGGCACCAAGGGUCUGCUGGAAGACGUCAUUAAUGACUGAAUGAAUCAAUCAAUCUCAGAAUCCUAGAGUUGGAAGAGACCCCAAAGGACAUCUCGUCCAACCACAUUAUCCCAAUGCAGAUCCCUCCCAGCAGAUGACCACCCAGGAGACUCCAUCAAACGCCCAGUUUAUGAGGGAAUGAGUUUGAAAGUCAUCUAGUCCAACUCACCUUGUGCCAGGCAGGAAACACAACUCAAGCCUUCCCAACAGAUGCCCAGAGAACGAGACUCCAGACUCCAAGGCGGCAGCGUUUCCCACAGCCAAACCGCUCUCACCAUCAAAAGGCUUUUCCUAAAGGUUAAGUGGAGCCCCUUCUCCCCAACGGGACUUCCUUCCGGGUCUCUGCCUUUCGGCAAAGGAUCCGACCGGACCGCCGACGUAGCUGCGUAUCCCGGCCGAGGCCCCAUAAACAAGAGGGAUCCCGGGGACGAGGGGCUCUCAGGCAGACCUUUUCCAAACAAGCCAUUGCCUUCUGCCAAAUAGAGGAAAACAGGACAAGUGGGCCCGAGGUGGAGGAAAAGCACAAAAGCGGGUCUCCAAGACUGGGAAGAAAAACCUGCGGCUCCUCCUCCUCCUUCCUCCCGGUUCUACCUCGGUUCUGCCACUGCCUUGCCGCAAAGCCUCUGCACUGUCGAAUUAAUGCAGUUUGGCGCCACUGGAACCGCCAUGGCUCAGGGCUAUUGUUUCCCCGAAAACAAGCCCUCCCUAGCAGUAAUCCAAAAAUGUCAGGUUACACACCAAAACCAAGGAAUCAAAGAAUUAAUCCAAAGAUAUAUUCAUGGACAUAAAAACAGGUAAAUCCUCAGAUGGGCAGGAACAGGAAUCUUGAGUCCGCAGGUAGCGUGAACUUGGAAGCACAAACGGGAGACUGAGCCCCAUGAGCAACGUUGUCUCCUCCAAAAGCCAAACCACGUCAUUUAAGUCCGUCCAGGCACCCAUGACACCCUAUCUAACACACCUGAUGUUGUGGUAAUCUCUGAGCGGUUAGGCUCAAUUUAAUCCUCUCUAGGGGAGAUUCCACCAAAAACAGCAGAGUAGCAAAAGCAAAGCUUUCAAAUGCAACAGUUACUUACACUGGGCGAGCAAGAGAAGCCUUUAGGAUGGCAAUGGACUGCAGAGUCUCAGUAAAAGUUCAAAAAGUAUUUAUUCAGGUAAAAAGAACAUUGUAGAUAGAAAGGCUUGGGAGCUGUCUAGUCUACUCUAGACUAGUUUCUAAGGAAAAAUAACAAACAUCUAAAUAGUCACAUCUUGCCAGGAGAGAUGGCGAGACGUGUUCUUACCUAGAAGGACAAAGAGAGAAGAGACUGAACCAAAAUGGUUCCAACCUCAUGGUCCAUAAAAGACAUUCUGACCAAUGAGAAGUUAGUGUUAAAAGAUAUUCACAUUUCUAGUAACUUCAAAGCAAGGGAUGUGCCGUGAACAGGAUAGAGUGAAACACAGUAAAGUCUGUCUAGGCAUGCUUUGGAAACAGGGAAAGGAUUCCCUCAAUCUAACUCUAUCAUCUCUCUGAUUACAUUUAGACUUGAGUAGUCCAGGAUGAUUCCCAACAAUCCCCUUCUUCAGCCUGGGCUGCUCAUGUCUAUCAGGUUCAACAUCUUCUUCAGCUUCUCGUGAGCAUGUCUAGGCAGGGGUUUUGUCAGGAUCUAUCUGACUACAUCUAGACUUGAGUAGUCCAGGGUGAUUCCCAACAAUCCCCUUCUUCAGUCUGGGCUGCUCGUGUCUAUCAGGUUCAACAUCUUCUUCAGCUUCUCAUAAGCAUGGGUUUUGUCAGGAUCUAUCUAACUACAUCUAGACUUGAGGAGUCCAGGAUGAUUCCCAACACCUGAGCCUGAAAGUCUUCUCUCAAAUCCUCUGGGAAUAUCUCGUUGGCCUGCUUUUCACGCCCUAUGUUCUCAGGUCUAAUCUGCACUCCUUGAAAACCUCCUCUUCUUCCCAAGGCUGUUUCUCAAGGGAACUGGCACUUUUGUUUUCCCUGUUGCCUGGGAUCGAGCUGAGGAAUCAGAAACCUCUGUCCGUCUGACUUCUUGAGUGUUGGGUGAAGGCAGACAAGGCGGAUGUUUUGGGUUCUUCAGCUUGUUCCCAGGCAACAGGGGGAAAACAAAGUACCGGUUUUGGUUCUCCGUCUGAUUUCCGGGGAAAUAGGGUAUGUGAUGCUUCCGCUCUCAGGAUCCCAUAACCUUAAGCCGGGGCAGUUCAAGUGGCGCCGAACCGCAUUAAUUUGACAGUGCAGACGCCCCUCGAUACAGACGGGGAGGAACUCCUUUUGCCCUUAUGGCCUUGACCCCCAUUUUGGUGACCCCGGGACCCCCGUUUUCUUUCCCUUUUUCCCACCCCACCCCGCAUUGCGAAAGGCUCUGACUUUGCGGCACUUUAACGACGACGAGCUCCGUGCCGAGCGCUCCUUCCUUUCCAUCCUGUCCGUUGUUUUUUUUAUUUUUGUAAAAGAGGAACAACAACAACAACAAAAAGAAUUAAUUAAGAAGACUUAGAAGAAAGCAUAACCAUAGUUUUAUUUUACCUAUGAAAAAUAUAUUGCUAUAGUAUAAAGGAACUUUCAAGGACUUCUCUUUUUGUAUCCGAGGAGGGAGAGCAGUGGUUGUUUCUGGGGGAACUACAACUCCCGGGCUUUUUGGGAGGCGCCGGCUCGUCACGCGUCACCCACCUCCCUUCUCCUUGAUGUAGCAAUGGGAUCAUCCGUUCCCUGGGCACCGGGUUGCUGUGAGUUUUCCAGGCUGCCUGGCCAAUAUGUCCCAGCAGCAUUCUCUCCUGACAUUCCACCCACCUCUGUGGCAGGCAUCCGGUGGGGUUUGUGUAUCUCCAGGGUGGGAGAAAGAAAGGACUCUUCUCUGUUGGAGGCAAGUGUGGAUGUUGCCAUUGGCCAGAUUGACUAGCAUUGAAUAGCCUUGCCUUUCUUUCCAUCCAUCUAUCCAUCCAUCUAUCCUUCUUUACUUCCUUCUUUCCACUCUUCCUCCUUCCCUCCCUCCCUCCCUUCCUUCCACCCAUCCGUCUUUCUUUCCAUCCACCCAUCCUUUUUUCCUCCUUUCUUUCCUUUUCCCUUCCUUCCUUCCUUUCAUCCAUCCAUCCUCUAUCCUUCCUUCCUUCCUUCCAUCCAUUCCUUCCAUCCAUCCAUCCAUCCAUCCGUCCAAGAGUGAAACUACGACUCCCAGUUAAAGUGGAAUCACAAGUGCAGAUGUUGCAAUUGGAAAGUUUGAAUAGCAUUGAGUUGCCAUGAAGUCUGCAAAUGCAAUCAGUGAGGGUAUCUGGGUAGAGGUAGCCUGGCCUCUGUUGCCUGGGGGCAUCCUUUUUGGAAUGGGGAGGAUGUUGCAUUAAGCAAGCUUGAUUAGCACUGAGUAGCCAUGAAGUUUGCAAAGUCAAUUAGUAAAAGUUUCGGAAUAGAAGUCGCCUGGCUGUUGUUGCCUGGAGGUACCCUCUGUGGAAUGCCGUCCAGGGUGGGAGAAAGAACCCUUGUCUGUGUGAAGCAAGUGUGGAUGUUGUGAUAAGCAAGCUUGAACAGCAUGGAGUAGCCAUGAAGUUUGCAAUUAGUGAGGGUCUCGGCAUAGAAGUCGCCUGGCUGUUGUUGCCUGGAGGCACCCUCUGUGGAAUGACGUCCAGGGUGGGAUAAAGAACUCAUGUCUGUUUGAAGCAAGUGUGGAUGCUGCAAUGAGCAAGCUUAGGCAGCAUUGAGUAGCCAUGAAGUUUGCAAAGUCAAUCAGGGAGGGUAUCUGGAUAGAGGUGGCCUGGCUUUUGUUGCCUGGAGGCACCCUCUGUGGAAUAGUGUCCAGGGUAGGAUAAAGAAGUCAUAUCUGUUUGAAGCAAGUGUGGAUGCUGCAAUGAGCAAGCUUAAGUAGCCAUGAAGUUUGCAAAGUCAAUCAGGGAGGGUAUCUGGAUAGAGGAGGCCUGGCUGUGGUUGCAGCCUGGAAAAUUCACAGCAACCCAAAGCGAAUAUUUGCAAGCUUUCCUCCUGCUCCAAAAGUGGAUCUCCUCCAGGCUUUAGAGUUCAGACUGAAGUCCGGAAUGGAUUUACGGCUCCUUUUUUCGACCUAUCACGGAGACAGAAAAGCUUGACCCCCAAAACCCGACGUCUUCCCCCAGAAACAACCGCGGCCCGACUCCGAAACUUUUCAAUGGCUUUAACCUGUUCACUGUAAAAGAAACAAAACCGUCAGAAAACCACAAAAAAAGUGCCUUGGGUUUGACUCUCCAGAGGUGUGGGUGCGUUGUGUGGCUGCCGCCGCCGCCGCCGCCUCUUCCGCCGCCCUGCGGAUGGACAGACGGAUGGACGGACGGAAGGCGGUCAGGCCGGCCGCCCCGAGAUAAAGGCGUUCAAAACCUCUGA